CCUCAAGCGGACAUAUCUUUAUUGGGGCCUUACGAUACCAUGUCAUUAGAAAAAACUUCUGAGGUUUACGACCAAUUGGUGGACUUGAAGAAUUUUACGUUUUUAUUUAACCCUCCCACUUGCCAGGGGUAUGACGCUGGGUUGUUGUUAUUGUUGAUUGUCUCGUCGAAGCCUACGAAUUUCGCGAACCGAAUGGUCAUUCGACACACAUGGGGCGUAUCACUAGAUUCUAUGAAGCUGGUGUUUUUGCUAGGAGAAACAGUAAAUAGUACUACAAGUCAAGAGAUUACAAGGGAAAGUCGCCUUUAUGAUGAUAUUGUACAAGGAAACUUUGUGGAUGCAUAUCGUAAUAUGACAUACAAACAUGUGAUGGGACUAAAAUGGGUGACACACCAUUGUCCAAUGGUUAAAUAUAUUGUAAAAACUGAUGAUGAUACUGUUGUAAACAUUUACGAGGUGUGGAAGUUUUUGAGAGAUGUAUUGUCCCCGUUUGGUACGAAGGGACUUAUUGCUUGUCAUCUGUAUAAGGAAACAAGGGUGGAGAGGACUGGCAACUCAAAGUGGAAAGUAACAUUGCAGGAAUAUAAGGAUUAUUAUUUCCCUUCAUAUUGUGCAGGUUGGGCCCUCAUCUACUCUCAAGAUGUUGUACCUCAAUUAUUGCAAGUGGCGCAAUCAUUGCCGUACUUCUGGAUAGACGAUGUUCACAUUACUGGAAUAUGUGCUCGGACGAUUGGAGCAUCACACCUAACGCUUGGUGAUCUUAUGCUGACCCGAGACAAAACUGACAGACUAAUCCAACUUGGCCCACAACAAUUUGGUCCGUUCCUUUUUGGACCUCCCGAUUUAACCAUAAGUAAUAUGCUUAAGAUAUGGUAUUCUUUGACAAAUGAAUAUUAUUUAACACCAAGAAAACCUAACGAUAUAUGAAAGGAAUUAGAUUUAGUUUGUCUGUGAUACAUGUGGAACAUUGUAUGCUCAAAUGUAUUGUAUUUUUGUUUAAGAUUUGUACAGAAUAAUAGCAUUGAAUUGGGUGCUACUUGACAAUUUUUAAAAUUGGAGCACAUGUAUGUGAUUGAAUAUCUAGCUACUAUAUCAUAGAAAUCAAUGAGCUUAUGGAGACAAGUUUUUAUUAUUGUUUUUUUUUAAAUUUUCAGUAAAUAUAUUUUGUGUUCUAAAGUAACUACAGGCCACAGUGAAGCGUUACAGAUUUGCCACCGAUACGCAAAACACUAACUUAUGUGUGUUACACGUUUCUAUAAAAUCAACACUGGUAAGCGUCAUGUUGUUUGCUUCCAACUGGCACCUUAAAUCGUUAAAGACACUGUUACGUUUACAUAAUAGUCUUUAUGUUUGUUCACCUUUAGCACCCUUUUUGUAUGUUCAUAUACCUAUGUGCCUUUAUAUCUGUGAUUUAUUUUUUAGUUUAAAAAAGUUUUUCAAAAAAAUGUCAUUUUAACAUAAGCAUACACCUGCUUGGAAAAGCAUGUGUAGGUAUGCUUAAUACUUUAUUUAUCUACUAUAAAAUAAGUUUUUGUUAUCGGGAUUUGAAAGCACUUUUGAUGCUGUAAGUUUUUUAAAUAAAAGCUUGUGAUUUAUUUUGUUGCUUUUAUUUAGUUUUAUGCAACUGUUUAGUUUUGUAUGGAUAAUCUUCGAUUUUCAAUAAAACUUUGGAAAACUUGUAUUACUUUUUUGAUGAAUGUGAAUCUGAACGCUGGAAGGCUAGACGGUGCAUUCUGAUGUGACACUAACACACCUGGUUCUAAAUCCAGCGCUUUGGUUUAUAUUGAAGGAUUCUUGUCUAACAAAUCAGAGAUGUGCAAUUGUUUUCUGUUAUCAUUUACAUAACUUAAAUUUACGAUAAAGAGAUUUACUCUCCCGCCAUAAAUGGAAUACCCUACCCAAGAGGAAGAGAUGAGAUAGGAGAGGACGGUCGACGAGCCGCUACUAGCUGAUAGGGGAUCCCGGUGUGCGAAAUGCUGAAAACAAUGGAUCGACUGUACAGCCAGUAUAUUGAAUAACAAUUUAGUAUCACUAAAUUGUGAUUUAAUCACUAAAUUGUGAUUCAAUACAAGAAGGGGUUUUUGGGUUCUCCCAAAAAUAUCUUCUUCAGAAUUUGGUAACAACUAGGUUACGAAUGUCAAACAAGGACAAAGCAAUCUUGCUACACGUGACACAUUGGGUGUAAGGAGUCAUUUAAAUAUGAUAAAUGACAAAUGAAAAGAACUGUUGGCAACGGUCUGCGAGGACGUCGGUUGGGUGACGCAGACAGUCCGAUCAUUCCACCAAGGCUCAAAGGAAAAAUAUAGACCUUCCCAACAACGGCCAUCCUAGGGUGCCAGGCUUCUUGAAGCCGCCCCAAGCCAAUAGAUGAGGCACGAACGCUUCUGAAUCCAGCACUUUCGGGUUAUAUCCAAAUCAAAAGACCCUGUCAGAGAUUUGAAUGGAAGCGAAAUUCGAUAAUUUUACUUGCGUGAAUACUGAAUUAUUACAACGGUAAUAUUUAUUUUUUAAGUAUUUAUUUUUAUAGGUGAUUGCUAUUGUACUUAUUGAAUUAUUUUACGCUUAGCAUUGUUAUGAACGACAGUCUGACUCUGCUAGCUAUAGUUAAGUAACAAAUAAGAAUAAUUGCUAAAAUUGUGUCAAAGGCGUUUAACUAAAACACAAAACAAUUACAACACAGAUAAAGCAACAGAUAAAGUAUACCUACCUACUUUAUACUAAUGUUUUGGGCACUUACGUAGUGUAAAAAAUUUGGCAUUGACAGAACAUGACAAAACAUAAUUGUAAAGUAACAUUUUUUAAAUAAAUGGUAAUGUUAAUAAAUUUUUGUACUAAAAUAGUUUAAAGUACCUGACUUAUUCUUUACAUAUUUUAUGAAUAACGGACGCAAAAUACUGGGCGUAUACAAUAUAUUAAGUUAAUCUAAUUUUAAUUAAAUAAUUUAACUCGCGUGAAUACCUACUUAUUUAUUACAAUCAUGUCUGGUUUGAGCUGAAGAGUUUUAUUUUAAUCCUGCUUUAUGCUAAAUUGAAUUUAUAUCUUUGCCGUGUUUCGGGUUACCUGUCUGGACCCUGGCCUACGAAUCAUAAAAAAAAAUAU